UUCAUACUGGACUUCACAGUCGCCGCCGUUAGAUUUCUUACUUUGAAAGUAUUUAACUAACUUUAUUUUAAGUCUCGGUAUGUUGUUUUCUUCGAGCUCGACGAGCAGAGCAUACGAAUAUGCGUCCGCCAUGGUUGGUGGCUGAAUAGGAUGUACACCGCGUUACUUUCAGUUUUGUUUCUAAGGAAAUGGGACUUUUCCCUCCCCUCGACGUUGUUAUCGAGUGUGGCUUUGCAGUGUUGCCGCAUAAUAGCUGCAGAUAAUGAAAGGAUAAGCGGUUGUCAUAUACAACAACGUCGCAUUUAACUAGCAAAACACUUGGCUAACAUCCUGAGACGUAGAUAGGAGAUAUCAGCCUGUCUCACCCUUUCACUUUCUGCUUCUCCUCGCUACUUUCCAGUGUGGUGGAAACUAUGGCAAGUGAAUUAGAUGUUCCUCUUCACGGAACUUCCCUCAACAUUGUGAGACGGUGUGGACCUACUCUGGGUCAGGUCCUCCUGAGCAAAUUUGAAUGUAAGGCCACCUUCGAAGGAGUGGAUUUUGAAAGAGAUCUGAGCAUUGGACAGCCGAAGCAACCACCUGUGUUCCCGGUGAAGAAGUGUUCUUUUCUGCUUCGUGGAGGUGUUGAGUUGUCUGUGUGGAAGGCUGAUCUCACCAAUUUCAAUGUGGAUGCUGUGGUGAAUGCUGCAAAUGAUGGUCUUGACCAUGGCGGCGGCCUUGCUCGAGCUCUGUCUGAUGCCGGUGGUCCUCAAAUCCAAAAAGAAAGUUACAAUUACAUCUUCAAGAAUGGCCGCUUGAGAACAGGACAAGCAAUUGUCUUGGGUUCUGGGAGUCUACCAUGCAAGAACAUAAUCCAUGCUGUGGGCCCUUGCCUAACAAAAUGUCCCUCUAGCACUGAUCUUAGCACUGCUAAAACGCAGUUGGAGACGGCCAUCAAGAGCAUCCUCUUUGAAGUUGAGAAACACCGUCUGCAGUCUGUUGCCAUUCCAGCUAUAAGCUCUGGGCUGUUCAACUUCCCCCUGCCAGAAUGUGCAGACACCAUAGUGGCAACUGUGAAUGGCUACUAUGAAAGGUCCUACAAUCAAGGACCUUUUCCUCAAGAGAUCCGCCUUGCAAACCACGAUGAUAUCACUGUCAACCAAAUGGAGAAGGCCUGCCAUAAGAUAUUUGCCUCCAGCUCCAGCUCCAGCUCCAGCUUCAGCUUAAGUAAAAGUGCGCCCAGAACUCCAACACCUGAAGUCCACAUUGGAAAUGUCCAUCUGACACUGAAAAAGGGUAAAAUUGAGGAACAGCAGGCAGAUGUCAUCGUCAGCAAUGCAUCACCAGAUCGAGACUUGAAGAUUGGGCAAAUCUCCUCUGCUUUAUUGCAGAAAGCUGGUUCUAUAAUGCAAAAAGAAAUAAUUCACGUCCCUCUGACUGGCAAUAUACUCAUCACGAAACCCUACAAUCUGAAAUGUCAACAGGUGUUUCAUACUCUUUUUCCCAGCAAGUCGACAAACCUGUAUCAGAACAGUGUACAGGUUCUUUAUGAUUCAGUAACUGACUGCUUAUGGAACGCAGUGAAAAAUAAACACACGUCAAUCGCCUUUCCUGCCAUUGGCACCGGAAACCUUGGCUUCGAUAGAAAAGAAGUUGCCAGGACCAUGGCAGAUGCAGUGGUCGACUUCACUAAAAAACACCCCCAAAAGAAGCUUGAUGUUUUUUUCAUCAUAUUUCCCUCUGACCAUCCAACAUAUAAGGCUUUUGAGGAACAAAUGGCAUAUCUCCAACAAAGAGCACCUCUUACACAGGAAACUGGUGCAAUGAUGCCUUCCCCACUGGCAUAUGAGCACAAAAAUCACUCCUCCAGCAGCAGAGCUCUUACCCCACAGAUCACUCUGAAAAGCUCCUCUACUGAGAAAACACGUGAGGCUGAACGAUGGCUCUUCAACCUUUUCAACAAGACCUAUGCCCAUGUCAACAUCAGCAACAACUUCAUCCUGCACUUUGGGGAGAAAGAACAUGGGCAGCUAUCCGGUCUGAUGGAAAAAGGCGUUGUUAUUGAGGAGUUCUUUGAGAACGGUCAUGCUCGCAUAAGCGUAAUGGGGAAGUCAGAAGAAGAUGUCAUAGUUGCCGGGUUGCAGGUGGAAGCCAUGCUCUGCAGCGUCCAGGAGGAGUUUGUCAGGGAUGAAGAGAAUGCCAUAUGUCAGGCUUUGAUGGGAAAGACAGGGAACUUUGAAAGGAAGAAAGUUGAGGACUCUGACCAAGAGUUCUCAAACAGAAAAUAUGCCUUCAAAAGUGAAGGGCUGCGGAUUGUGAAGGUGGACAAAGUGUGUAACAAUUCGCUGAAGACAAUUUUUGACAUGAAGGCAACACAGCUAGGCUACCCAGGCAGCAAACAAAUGUACCAACGCAUCCCUGCACAGUUCUGUGAGAUGGUUUGCAAGACUGGAUUCCAUGCAGUGUACGCACCCCCUGACGAUGCAGCAUGCGGAGAGGGAAUCUACUUUGCGGGCACAGUGAAGAAGGCCAUGGAGUUGUGGAAGGGGCCUCCAAAAGAGGAGUAUCUGUACUUCGUGGAAGCCGAGGUGCAGACGGGACAUACGUUCUCUGGGAAACGUGGCUUCAUCCUGCCUCCUCCUAUGAAAAAAGAUCCUCUCGUUAUGUACGACAGUUUGAGCGGAGGACUUGAUGUCUCCAUCAUCUUUAGCUGUUAUCAAGCUCUGCCCACUUACAUCAUCACCUGCAGGAGGGACUAAAGGGGUUUCCUCCCUGCUUCCUCUGGGUCUAUGUCUUCUUUUUGCCAGCUCAUAUAGUCCUAUCGUGAACCCGGAAAAGUUUAGGUCCCCAAAGUUUUAUGUUUGAAGUGUAUCGUACAGGUCCUCCACACAUACAAACUGCCGGGUGCUAACUUGAAAAGGUUGAUAGAUAAAUGAAUCAAUGAAUUAGCAUAUGCAGACCAUAGCUGAAAAAUGUGGAGAUUAUUGAGGAUGUAUAUGCUAAUUAAUGCAACUUAGGCCAAAUUGCCCUACAUAUGCAAGUUAGCAUCCGGCAGUUUCUAUGUGCUGAUGAUACCUACUAUACAUUUCUAAAACUUUGGGGUACUCAAAACAUUACCGGGUUCUUUAGCUGGCAAGUAGACUACUAUUGAGUCUACUGGAGCAAAUUAUAGAAUGCUUUGAAUCUUAGAGGAAACUAGACAUUAGGACAUUCCUUUUUCUAAAGCAAGCCUAAGUGCAUUGUUGAUUAAUGUAUCUUCUGUAGAAGGAAAUUGCUGUUUGCGUCACUCGUUAAAGUCAUAUUAUGCAAACCAAUAUUACAAUCGGCUUGUGUUAAGACCCUCAGUAUUGAGUUUAUUUUUUCAUUAUGUUUGUCUAUCACUGGGUGAUUACCAUAUAUUCAGCAACACAAUAACUUGUAUAUCAGAGAUACUCUUUUUAAAUUGCUCUUAUAGCUGAAGUAUCUUUCUUUAGGAUCAGUCUUUAGUUUAGUGGCGCCACAUGAAGGUAUAUAUGCAAAUACAUGUAACACUGAUUGACAAACAAUGACAUUUGGGAAGAAUAAUGUAACACUGAAUAUAACUGGUGGAAAGCUUUGGCUACAAAUACACAAUUAUAAAAAUGUAUAUUAACCAAAAACAUUUGAAUUAUUGCUGGUGUGUUGGAGCACAUGGGGUAGCUGGUUAAGAGUUCCUGAUUGUGAUUAAAUAAUUAAACGGUUUUUGGGUUCA